AUGGCGGACUGUGAUUGGGGUAAACUGAAAGAGAAAAUCCGUGGCAUUCGCGAGAAUACGCGCUCUCGCACCACCUACCAGAAAUCGUACUGCCGCUUCCUUGCCUGGGUGGUCCAGAAUAAGUCAGAACUCGUGUCGGCACCGUUUGCUGAGAGGCUUGGCGAUACGUCCGACUGCUCCCUCCACCAACUGCGAUCUCGCGUAAAAGAGAAGUUGUGUCCCCAAAGUAGCAUCAUUCCUCUCGAAUUUGAGGCUCUUACUGCUGAAGACUGUGUUACCUGGCUCGUGACACUGACACGGAAGGACGGAUCGGGGCUGAGCUAUUCUGCUCUGAACACACAUAGAGCAAGUUUGUUCAAUUUGUAUCGUGACUACGGCUGCACGAUGUCCAAGGCAUUAGAAUCGGAGCUGACUACGUAUUUCAAGGGUCUGAAGCACACACUAGCCAAGGAAGCAUCAAAUGGAACGGGCUGA